UCGCUUCGGGUUGUUUGACUUUUUAUUGUUGUAUCUCACACCAACAACAAAAUGACUAGUGGAAUCUUCUUAAAUUUCGGAUCUAACUUCUUCGAAUCUCGUUUGUUGUUCACUGUAACUCUGAAACUUGUAUCGCCACAAUUUCCUUCUUCUUUGGUUUUGUUUAGUUCUUUCAAUUUGAUAAGAAUUACAAACAAACACAAAGAAGAAAACAGUCGAGAUUUGUAUUCUUCUUGAUUUUGAUUAAGUGAAAAGAAAUAAUUUUGGUUUAUUUCUGUUCAAUGUCUGAAUAUUUUCUUAUGGAGAAACUAGAUCUGUUUUAAUCAUCACUUUCAAAAAAGUAUUUGUAAGAAUAUUUUUCUCCUCUUGUUUAACCACAAAAGAAAAUCAGAUUCUGCAGAAAACACCUUUCUCUUUUCUUUCCACAAUCGGGACGUGACUUUCAAAAAAAAAUUCAUUGAUACUUUUCUACUCUCUUUUAAUCUUUUUUUUUUCUGAAUAAAAUUAAACAAAAUAAAACUUCAAUUCAUAUAAUUUCCCCUCUUUUCUUAAAAAAUUAGGAUUUCUCAUUGAUAUAUUUGGAGAGUAGUUAAUCAGUGAACCUGGACAGGAUCUAGGUUCCUGCUCUUUAAUAACAAACGUUGGGUUUGUACAAUCUGGCCUGGCGUUUCCAAUUAAAAAAAUAAAAAUCCUUUUUAAAUAUUUCGACCUAAGCAAAAAUUUCUCCAUGGAAGAACUUUGGAGGAUUAAAAGAGGCUAAAAUCAAAGAUCGAAUUCGUCACUGAUUUAUUUUCCAGUGUUUGCUACAAAUCACACAUAUAGCAAUGUCGGCUAGAGCUCAUCCUGUGGACGAUGACGGAGAGAUUUCCCCGGUGGAUACAUCUUCCCCGCGGCAAGCAAAUACACCGUAUGUCCACAAAGUCGAAGUUCCUCCGAAGCAAAACCUCUUCAAUGAGUUCAUGUACACUUUCAAAGAAACUUUCUUCCACGAUGAUCCUCUAAGGCAUUUCAAGGACCAGUCAAAGUCCAAGAAGCUCAUGCUCGGUAUCCAGUCCGUCUUCCCGGUUAUCGAGUGGGGAAGAAAAUAUAAUCUUAAGAUGUUUCGCGGCGAUCUUAUUGCCGGUUUAACCAUAGCCAGUCUCUGCAUUCCUCAGGAUAUUGGAUAUGCAAAGCUCGCCAGUCUUGACCCUAAGUAUGGUCUAUAUUCAAGUUUUGUUCCUCCGUUGGUGUACGCAUGUAUGGGAAGCUCAAAGGAUAUAGCGAUUGGACCCGUGGCAGUGGUUUCGCUCCUUUUAGGUACUCUGCUUCGGGCUGAGAUCGACCCCAACACAAACCCUAACGAAUAUCUCCGCUUAGCCUUCACCUCCACGUUCUUUGCCGGUGUCACUCAAGCAGCACUAGGGUUCUUUAGAUUGGGUUUCUUGAUCGAUUUCUUAUCCCACGCCGCGGUAGUAGGGUUCAUGGGUGGAGCAGCCAUCACCAUUGCGCUUCAACAGCUCAAAGGAUUCCUCGGAAUCAAUAAGUUCACAAAGAAAACCGAUAUCAUCGCGGUUCUUUCUUCCGUAAUCAGCUCAGCCCACCACGGAUGGAAUUGGCAGACAAUACUCAUUAGUGCAUCGUUCUUGAUCUUCCUUCUCAUCUCCAAGUUCAUAGGGAAGAAAAACAAGAAACUGUUUUGGAUUCCAGCGAUUGCUCCGUUAGUAUCUGUCAUCAUUUCAACCUUCUUCGUCUACAUAACCCGAGCCGACAAGAAAGGAGUUCAGAUAGUGAAACAUCUUGACAAAGGUCUGAACCCUUCUUCUUUGCGUCUAAUAUAUUUCUCCGGCGAUUACCUUCUCAAGGGCUUCCGCAUAGGCGUUGUCUCAGGCAUGGUUGCCUUGACGGAAGCUGUAGCGAUAGGAAGAACAUUUGCAGCAAUGAAAGACUACCAAAUCGAUGGUAACAAAGAGAUGGUAGCAUUAGGAGCAAUGAACGUGAUCGGUUCGAUGACCUCUUGCUAUGUAUCCACCGGUUCGUUCUCAAGAUCCGCUGUCAACUUCAUGGCCGGAUGUCAAACGGCAGUCUCCAACAUCAUCAUGUCCAUUGUCGUCCUCUUAACGCUUCUCUUCCUCACUCCUCUUUUCAAAUACACACCCAACGCAAUUCUUGCAGCGAUCAUCAUCAACGCCGUGAUUCCUUUGGUUGACGUUAAUGCUACCAUUUUGAUUUUCAAGAUCGAUAAGCUCGAUUUUGUUGCUUGUAUGGGGGCUUUCUUUGGUGUCAUCUUUGUAUCCGUAGAGAUUGGCCUUCUAAUAGCCGUGGGGAUAUCUUUUGCCAAGAUACUUUUGCAAGUUACGAGACCUAGGACAGCAAUUCUUGGAAAGAUACCAGGGACUUCGGUUUACAGGAAUAUCAAUCAGUAUCCUGAAGCGACUAGGAUUCCCGGAGUUUUGACAAUUCGUGUUGACUCCGCUAUUUACUUCUCCAACUCCAAUUAUGUCAGGGAAAGGAUUCAAAGAUGGUUGACAGAUGAAGAAGAGAUGGUGAAAGCUGCAAGCUUGCCGAGGAUCCAGUUUCUUAUCAUCGAAAUGUCACCUGUUACGGACAUCGAUACUAGCGGUAUUCACGCCUUAGAAGACUUAUAUAAGUCUCUCCAAAAACGAGACAUUCAGUUGGUUCUAGCGAAUCCAGGACCGCCGGUCAUAAAUAAGCUACACGUUUCUCACUUUGCAGACUUGAUAGGACACGACAAAAUCUUUCUGACGGUGGCUGAAGCCGUGGAUUCUUGCUCUCCUAAACUCUCCGACGAGGUCUGAUCUGGAGUAGAAGAAUCUUGAUGAUGAAGCGAAAAAAAAAAGACAAAGUGUUGUAUGUUGUAUAGACUGAAUUAAGUAGUCAGUGACUUUGCCUUCGACUUUACUUUUAUCUAUCACCAUUGUGUGACGUAGAGGUCAAGUGAAAUUGACCUAUAAAGAACUUUUUUUAGCGUCGUGAUAAGCUUGAGUUCAUUUGUUUUGUGAAACGUCAAACAUGCAUGUAUUAGUUUUCGUUAUUGCUUUCAGUAACUUUUAACUAUGGAGAUUAGAUAAAAACAAAUUGUAAUA